AUGCUUGAUCAGCAGCGCUCAACAAAGAGGAAGAACCAGAAGCUGCCGCACAUCGCUCCCACACAAAACCUAAAGAAAUCUAAUCGGAUUCCUAAGCCUCCUCCUCGACCACCCCCAUAUCCUAUCCUUACAGAGCUCGACACCAGGAAGCGGAAACGUAUCACAGAGAAUCAAGAUCCUAAACACUCAAACAAGAGAGAGUGCAUCAUCAUCAGAGAUGAGGAUUUAGCAACACCAGUUCCUAAACAUUCAAACAAGAGAGAGUGCAUCAUCAUCGUAGAUGAGGAUUUAGCCCAACCAGUACCUGAACCAAAAAUUCACUUCGACCCUGCCCUGGGCUCUACCCCAGGCACGGCCAUUGACCUUUGUCAAUCUGAUGAAGAACCGAAAAGAAAGACCAGGGUUAAAGAAACGAAAGUGAAGUCGCGGGAUGGUAAGCUGCAAGCCUGGGUUGAAGAGGUUCCAGAUGAGAGUUUGUUCUGCGCGCCCUAA